CAGCAGGUUGAUCUAACUGUUGUUGUUGGAUGAGUUUUGAUUGACAGGCUGAUCCUUGCCUGCUCCUCACUUUUGUCCUGAACGGCAUUCCGUAUACUCCCCAACCUCUCCGUCUGCCAGCUGUGCGUCAGUCUGCGUCCGUUCGCCGCUCAGUCAUGUUGUCCUCGGCCGCCCUUUUGCUUCGUCUCACAGUGUCUGGCUGCCAUGGAGGAAGACGAUCGGUGGCAACCAAUAUCUCUGGCAACAAAACAGCCAAACUGGUGAGGGAACGGCUGAAGCAGGAAGUGGAGACGAUGAAAAAUCAAUUCUCAGGUUUUAGACCGAGCCUGGUGGUCCUACAGGUUGGAGACAGAGACGAUUCAAACCUGUAUAUCAGCACCAAACUGAAGGCUGCAGCCGAGAUUGGAAUCAAUGCCAAACACGUGAGGUUACCGAACACGGCCACGCAGAUGGAGGUCCUGAAGGCCAUCCAGUGCGUGAAUGAGGAUGUGUCUGUUCACGGUCUGAUCGUCCAGCUUCCUGUGGACUCCAUCAGCACCAUCAACACUGAACUCAUUACCAACACGGUCACUCCAAACAAAGACGUUGACGGUCUGAGUUGUGUUAACGCGGGGAAGCUGUCUCGCGGUGACCUCGGGGAUUGUUUCAUCCCGUGUACUCCAAAUGGCUGCAUGGAGCUCAUCAGACAAACAGGCGUGGCAGUGGCAGGAAAGCAUGCGGUGGUGAUUGGUCGGAGUAAAAUCGUUGGCGCACCAAUGCAUGACCUAUUGCUGUGGAACCACGCAACUGUGACGACCUGUCACUCCAAAACACGGGACCUACCUGAGCAGGUGGGCAGAGCGGACAUCCUGGUGGUGGGAGCAGGCAGGGCGGAGAUGGUGAGAGGAGAAUGGGUGAAAGAUGGAGCACUCGUCAUCGACUGUGGUAUCAAUUACAUCCCAGAUGAGACGAGGCCCAGUGGGAAGAGGGUGGUUGGAGACGUCCACUACGCCACGGCUCGGGAGCGAGCAGGAUACAUCACGCCCGUCCCGGGAGGGGUUGGACCGAUGACGGUGGCCAUGCUGAUGCAGAACACGGUUCAGAGCGCACGCCGUUUCCUUGACAACAGUCAACCUGGAGGGUGAAAAUAUCUUCCAAGAGGACAAACAUUUCAAAGUUUGUGUUUAGAGAUUAGAGGAUCACUGUGAGUCACCUGACACGUCCUUACUGGCUCCACCCCUUCAGACUGCCUGGUUUUAAUAAAACUCUUCCACAG